AUGACGUUCCAGUCCAGAACUGGCGAGUGGACGCCACGCAAGACGCCGCCACCGCCGCCGCCGCCCUCCGUCGCUUCUGCCACAAGUCGCACGGUUCCAACUGUGCAGCGCUCACACAGCAACCGACGCGGUGACUCCAAUACGGACGGCGGGACUGUCCUUGCAGAUGCUCGAAGCUAUUCCGCUGCUGCUGCUCUUGAUGGUCGCGCCGCUGCUCGACGGUUACGUCGCCAGUACCCGCAUCAGCCCAUUGCACAGCUGGACCACCACUACCAUCACCAUCACCAUCACCAGCAGCAGCAAUACCAACGUCCAAUGCAAGAGCAGAGAGAAGACGGGACAGACUCGCGCAGGUCCGUGGACGUGCCGAGGACGGCGGCUGCGCCUUCUGCUUCGUCUUUGUUGUUGCACCAAUCGACACGGAAAGUCUCGUCGACACUUGCUUUUUGUAGGCGAGAGUCGGGGGCGCGUGACAAGACGACGGCACGACAUGACGGAGCUCUGGACAUUCCCGUGUUCCGAAGCCACAGGAAAGCUACCGUGAGUGGAAACUCAAACGACAGCUCGCCUUGUGGCAGGAGCCAGAGCGGUCCCAACGAGACGCACGACGUGCGUGAAGGAGAAGGCAGUAAGAAGAGCACGCCCUAUGAACAGUGGCGACGGUUGAAACGAGCCCGCACUGCGAGCGGGAACAGCUGUGCAAGCACGAGCAGCACGAGCAGCUUUGCGUCGUAUGUGGUGAACCCGAAGACGGGACGACAUGACUUUGGACUCGGUAGUGAUGACGAAAUUGAGGGUGCAGAUAACGAUCUGGACAGUGUCGUGGGCGGCCGAGAGGAGGAAGAAGGCCGACGUGAGGAACUGCCGUCGGUGCUGCACCAUAUAAUCGCGCCGUCGCUGCCUCCGCCACCGUAUCCGGUGGAUCCGUAUCAUUUCUACUGCAAGUCAAAGCCAACGAACACUGGCGCGGGUACUGCUACUGCUGAAGUGACGUCGCUACUUGCGGCAUUGUUUACAGCUUGUGGUAUUGAAGCAAUUUUUCACCCACUAAAGUGCAAGUUCAAGUGCCUCAAGUACGUGCACUACAGCCACGUUGAAUUCGUUGUUCGGGUUUACGCACACCAGCGCACGCUUCUCGUGGAAUUCCAGCGCCGCAGCGGCAGCGUGUUGCUCUGGGAUGGGCUGUAUCGUAUCCUUCACCAGAAGCUGGUCCUCAUUGUCGAUACCACCGCCUUGCCGUGUUCUCAGAGUAGCGGCCAAAAACGCGUGGCAAAGAAUAGCGUUUCUUCGGCGUUGAGAGAUCAUGCUGUUGGGCCGAAGCACAAGGAUAAGGCGAUUAUUACCGCAACGUCAUCACAGUCUGUAGACCACGGGACACAGAUUUGGCGAGCGCUGUCACUAAAGAAGCCGACGCCUAGCUCGGGCGUCGAAGCGAUGAAGAUCAUGCUGACAUCUCGGUGCCUGGACGCAAUGCGUGAAGGCUGUGCGGGACUGGCAGAGCUGACAGAGGACGUGCAGAAUUCGUGUCUGGUUGCUCAUGCUGAGCUGGUGGUACUAUUGAUCCAGGCGGUCGAAGCUACCGACCCUGGCAUGUCGCGAUGUGCUGUCGGCGCUCUGGCGAACAUCGCUCGCGCCGUUCCACGAUUUCCAGAGUCUGAACUGGCACUGGCACAGCAUACGGCGCAGCAGCUUCGGCUUCAGGCCAUACCGGUGGUGCUAGCGGAGAUCGAGCACGCAAACAAGCAGUCACUUUUUUCGAUUGAGUUGCUGCGAGAAUGCGCACGAGCACUUGGUGCAUUUGCCAGAUUGGUGUCGGAGGUCGAUCCCGCGAUACUUGUUGCUUCCAGUGUCCAUGAUGAACGUUGCGUGCGUGUUCUUCGUUUGCAUGCCAAACAUCGUGAUGCCCAGCUCGCCUCCCAUUGUCGUGCUGCUUUGGAGCAACUGUAUCGGAACGUGUCAAGUUCGCGCUGUACCAUGGCAAAUAAAUGA